ACUAUCAUCAUGACGGACUUGAAGGUAACUAAACCUUCUAGUAAAAAUGGGAGGUUGCUCGAUAAGAUAGAUGAUAACGUGCUACUAGUUAAUCAACUUAAGGCAGAGCUCAAGCUGAAGUUGCAAGAGAAACAAGGCAUACCUUCAGAAACCUGUGAUACUGAAAACGAACCAGAAGAUGACUGGAAGCAAGAUACGGAACAAUACAAAGAUAUAGACCCCAAGUCAUUCCGACAGUACGAGCUUGCAUGCGACAGAGUCAAGGAGUUCUAUGAAGAACAACACGAGAAGCAGACUGUUGCCUAUAAUAUCCAAGCUCGUAUUAAUUUCAAAACAAGAGUGAGAGCUAAGAUGACCAUAUGGGAAGGUCUAGAAAAGUUGAAUAAACUAUUAGAUGAGAGUGACCCAGAUACCGAACUCUCGCAGAUAGAUCAUGCUUUACAAACGGCGGAAGCUAUAAGGCGAGAUGGUAAACCAAGGUGGUUUCAACUCGUGGGGUUAAUUCAUGAUUUGGGCAAAUUGCUUUAUUUUUUCGAUUCAAAAGGUCAGUGGGAUGUGGUGGGCGAUACAUUUCCUGUGGGAUGUAAGUACCUGAAGAAAAUCAUAUAUCCUGACAGUUUCCGUAAAAAUCCCGAUAUGAAUAACCCGUUAUAUAACAACAAAUUUGGGAUAUAUCUGAAGGGCUGUGGGUUAGAUAAGGUAAUGCUUAGUUGGGGACACGACGAGUACAUGUACCAUAUUGCCAAGUUGAACUCAAAACUUCCUAAAGAAGGUCUUGCAAUGAUACGGUAUCAUUCAUUCUAUCCAUGGCACCAAGAAAAUGCUUAUAAGUAUUUGAUGGACGAUCAUGAUAAAGAAAUGCUUGAAGCCGUGAGAGCAUUCAAUAAGUAUGAUCUUUAUUCAAAGAUAGAUGACGCUUUCGACGUGGAGCAAUUAAAGCCAUACUACAUCGAGUUGAUUGAUGAAUUUUUCCCUACAAAAGUGAUCGACUUUUAGCUUAUUUAUUUAUUUCUAGUAAUACUUCAUCUAUAUAUAGUGUACAUUAGUGAACAUAGAGGAAACUCUUGAUUAUUUUAAUGUCCUCUACUUAAAUAAGUACGCAGCACCAAAGUACUGUUCAAUACCAUAUUGGCCUGGUUGUUUCCAAAAAUCGUUGUAAGUAGUCAAAAUAGUGAUAUCACCAGUCUUCGCCAAGAUACUCUUAAGAGCAAUCUCCUGGUUACUUUUGCUUGGAACAUUCAAACCGUUGGUAUCACCUUGAGAUGGAUAACCGGUUUCGGUAAUUUUGACACUCAACUUAGGACAAGAAGAUUCAACCAACAGCAAUUGAUUGGCCACAAAUUCACCAGCUUGAGAAGCAUCAAUGUCAGCAUUGAAGUAUGAGUGAGGAUUGAUAGAAACAAAGUCAAUUGGCGAGUCAGAAUCACACAAUUGGGAGUUUGAAGUGUAACUGACUGGGGGUUCAGCAGUAGUGACUUUUCCAGAGUAACCAGCAUUUUGCAAUUGUUUUUUAACAGAAGAGACCUUCGAUAAUAAUUCAGAAACGGUACAGUAUCCAGAUACAAUAGCUUCAUUGGCAAUGGUAAUGAAGUCAAAAACGUCGUCACCGUUAGCAGAAAUGUAAUCAACUAAGGCACUGACGGGGCCAUCAAGAGAAUCAGGACCGGUAUCGUCCAUCCACAAACCUUGGUUGACCUUGAUACCUAACUCUAAAGAAACUGACAAAACCGACUUCAAGGAUUCACAGUCAGUUCCAUAUGUUCUGAUGUGUUGGAUACCUUUACCUGAAAUGUACUUUAAGUCGGAUUCCACAGUGGAAGAAGUUUUACAGCUUCCAUCAUCAGCGUAUGGGGAGUAGACAAUACCCCAUGGAGCAUCCAAAGUUCCGGACGAGGUAGCAGUAGACUCGGAGGUUGUUGAGGUGGUUGAAGUAGAGGAAGUGGUAGUUGGGGUAUUUUGUUGGGUGGUUUCUUGAGUAGUAGCAGGAGUGGUUUGCUGAGUAGUUUGCUGAGUGGUAGUAGGCGUCGUGGAGGUGGUAGUUGGAGUAGUUUGUUGAGUGGUAGUUGGGGUAGUUUGUUGAGUAGUAGCAGGAGUAGUGGAUGUAGUAGUUUCAGGUUCAGCAGUAGUAGUUGGUUCAACAGCCUUAACUUCUGGGCUGCUGUACACACUGGUAUAAGUAGUUGGAACUCCAGCAGGAGAAUCAGUUUGGG